CAUCAAUUAUGCAGGCUAGCCGUACGCACUGGGAAGGAAGAUAGCGGCAACAAUAUGGCGACAUCCGCAGUUUCUCCUGGGUCUUUUAAGCAUCCUUAGUCACGCAGUAUCUACAUGGAUCGCCCUUAAUGCGGAAAAAAGCUGGCUGUCCUGAAUGGCUUCUAAAUAAAGAGGACUCUGCUGCAGGAUGACAAUAUGGCCGCGCAGCUGCUCGCACCUCCAGGCCCCGAUAGCUUCAAAAAAUUCACCCCGGAGUCGUUGGCCAACAUCGAAAAGCGAAUUGCUGAGGAGAAAAAGAAGAAGCCUGUUAAGCCAAGAUCUGACAGCAGUCACCGUGACGACGAUGACGACAACAAACCUAAGCCCAACACCGACUUGGAAGCGGGGAAGGGCGUUCCCUUCAUUUAUGGGGAUGUCCCUUCGAAAAUGUUGGCCGUGCCCCUGGAGGACAUUGACCCCUACUAUAUGAACAAGAAAACCUUUAUAGUGCUUAACAAAGGGAAAACAAUCUUCCGUUUCAGUGCCACGCCCUCAUUAUAUAUCAUUAGCCCUUUUAACCUAUUCAGGCGAAUAGCAAUUAAAAUUUUGAUACACUCAGUUUUCAGCAUGAUCAUCAUGUGUACAAUUUUGACAAAUUGCGUGUUCAUGACAUUAAGCAAUCCUCCAGAAUGGUCCAAACAAGUAGAAUACACCUUCACUGGGAUCUACACAUUCGAGUCACUCACAAAGAUUGUGGCUCGAGGUUUCUGUAUAGACGACUUCACCUUCCUCAGAGACCCGUGGAACUGGCUGGAUUUCAUGGUCAUCUCUAUGGCGUAUAUUACAGAGUUUGUAAACCUAGGCAAUGUGUCAGCUCUGCGCACAUUCAGGGUGCUGAGGGCUUUGAAAACUGUUGCCGUGAUCCCAGGGCUGAAAACCAUUGUGGGCGCUCUGAUCCAGUCAGUGAAGAAGUUGUCCGAUGUGAUGAUUCUGACGGUGUUCUGUCUGAGUGUAUUCGCCCUCAUCGGCCUGCAGCUGUUCAUGGGUAAUCUUCGGCAUAAGUGCGUCAUCUGGCCGAUCAACCAAACCGAAGCCUACCUGGCCAAUGGCAGCAGGGGCUUUGACUUCAACGAAUAUAUCAUGAAUGAUACAAACUUCUACUUCCUGCCAGGCCAGCUGGAUGCUCUGCUAUGUGGAAACAGCUCAGACUCAGGGCGCUGUCCAGAGGGCUACACUUGCAUGAAGGCCGGACGUAACCCAAACUAUGGCUACACUAGCUUUGACUCCUUCGGCUGGGCUUUCCUUGCUCUCUUCCGACUCAUGACACAAGACUUCUGGGAAAAUUUGUACCAACUGACACUGCGAGCUGCUGGGAAAACAUACAUGAUCUUUUUUGUGCUGGUCAUCUUUGUGGGUUCAUUCUACCUGGUGAAUCUGAUCCUGGCUGUGGUAGCCAUGGCUUAUGAGGAGCAGAACCAGGCCACCAUGGAGGAGGCCGAACAGAAAGAGGCGGAGUUUAAAGCCAUGCUGGAGCAGCUGAAGAGACAACAGGAGGAUGCACAAGCAGCGGCUAUGGCAACCUCAGCAGGUACUGUAUCCGAGGAUGCGGUAGAGGAUGAUGGGGGAGGGCAUCUAUCCCGCAGUUCAUCUGAGGUGUCCAAGCUGAGCUCCAAAAGUGCCAAGGAGCGAAGGAAUAGGAAGAAAAAGUGGCGGAAAGAACAGGAAGAGAAGGGUGACAGUGAAAAAGUAGUAAAGUCAGAAUCUGAUGACGGAAGCAAGAGGAGCCGCUUUCGCUUCCGAGACAACAGGCUUGGGAGGAAGGCCUCUAUCAUUAACCAGUCCUUGUUGAGUAUCCCUGGCUCGCCAUUCAUGUCCCGUCGGAGCAGUAUAUUCAGCUUCAAGGGCUCAGAGAACGAGUUCGCGGACGAUGAGCACAGCACAGUCGAGGAGAGUGAAGAUCGCCGCGGUUCCCUUUUUGUCCCCUACAGGCGCAGCAGCUACAGCGGCUACAGCCAGGGUUCCUCACGCAUCAACCCGCUGGCACCCCACCCUGGUUGCAAGAGAAACAGCACGGUGGAUUGCAACGGAGUGGUGUCUUUGAUCGGUCCAGGCCCUGGCCGCCUUCUGCCUGAGGUGAAAAUAGAUAAGGCAGCUUCUGAUGACAGUACCACAGAAGUGGAGGUGAAGAGAAAACACUCAGGUUCUCUAAUGGUGUCAGUGGAUCAGCUCAAUACUUCUUUUAGCCGGAAAGAGCGAGCCAACAGCGCCAUGACUGUUGUUACCAACACGCUGGUGGAAGAACUUGAAGAGUCUCAGAGAAAAUGUCCGCCUUGUUGGUAUAAGUUUGCCAACACGUUCCUGAUAUGGGAGUGUUGUCCAUUCUGGGUUAAAUUUAAGGAGAUAGUAAACUUGGUAGUGAUGGACCCAUUCGUGGAUCUGGCCAUCACAAUAUGUAUUGUGCUGAACACCGUCUUCAUGGCCAUGGAGCAUUACCCCAUGUCAGAGGAGUUUGAGGCUGUGCUUACAGUGGGAAACCUGGUGUUCACGGGUAUUUUCACAGCUGAGAUGUUUGCAAAGCUGAUAGCCAUGGAUCCAUACUACUACUUCCAGGAGGGCUGGAAUAUCUUUGAUAGCUUCAUCGUAAGCUUGAGUUUGGUGGAGCUGGGGCUGGCUGAUGUCGAGGGGCUGUCUGUGCUUAGAUCUUUCAGAUUGCUGAGAGUGUUUAAGUUGGCUAAAUCAUGGCCCACUCUGAACAUGCUGAUAAAGAUCAUUGGUAACUCAGUGGGAGCUUUGGGAAACCUGACCCUGGUGCUGGCCAUCAUCGUCUUCAUCUUCGCUGUGGUGGGCAUGCAGCUAUUUGGGAAAAGCUAUAAAGACUGCGUGUGUAAGAUCGCCGAAUCCUGCGAGCUGCCCCGGUGGCACAUGAAUGACUUCUUUCAUUCUUUUCUCAUCGUGUUCCGGGUACUGUGCGGAGAGUGGAUUGAGACCAUGUGGGACUGCAUGGAGGUUGCAGGGCAAACAAUGUGUCUCACAGUCUUUAUGAUGGUGAUGGUCAUUGGAAAUUUGGUGGUGCUGAACCUGUUCUUGGCCUUGCUGCUCAGCUCCUUCAGUGCUGAUAAUCUGGCAGCCACAGAUGACGACGGCGAGAUGAACAACCUGCAGAUCUCGGUGAUUCGCAUUAAGAAAGGCAUUGCUUGGGCCAAAAUUCACGUACGGCUUCUGGUUGCCCACAUCCUGAAAAAGAAACCUCUUGAGGACGAAGACAAACCUCUCGAUGACAUGUAUGACAAGAAACUCAACCUCAUGGGUAACCACACUGGUGUGGAAAUCAAAUGUGGUGAUCUCAACUACCCCAAAAACGGUAACGGCACCACAAGUGGCAUCGGCAGCAGUGUCGGAAAAUACAUGAUCGACGAGGAACCCAUGUCCUUCAUACACAACCCCAACCUAACGGUGCGGGUUCCCAUCGCAGUGGGAGAAUCGGACUUUGAGAACCUUAACACGGAGGACUUCAGCAGCGAGUCGGAUGUGGAAAAUAGCAAAGAGCUUGAUGACACCAGCUCUUCAGAGGGAAGUACUAUAGAUAUAAAGCCAGAUGAAGAGGAAAUGGCCGUGGUUGAAGUAGUGGAGGAAUAUUUGGACCCAGAGGCUUGCUGGACAGAUGCCUGUGUGGCACGUUACAAGUGUUGUGAUGUGCCCAUCACUGAGGGCUGGGGGAAGUACUGGUGGUUUUUAAGGAAAACCUGCUACCUCAUUGUUGAACACAACUGGUUUGAGACACUCAUCAUAUUUAUGAUUCUGCUCAGCUCUGGAGCUCUGGCAUUUGAGGACGUGUACAUUGAACAAAGGAAAACAAUCCAGGUUGUUCUUGAAUAUGCAGACAGGGUCUUCACAUACAUCUUUAUUCUGGAAAUGUUACUGAAAUGGGUGGCCUAUGGGUUUGUCAAAUACUUCACCAAUGCAUGGUGUUGGCUGGACUUCUUCAUUGUGGACGUGUCUAUAGUCAGCCUUAUAGCUAAUGCGCUGGGCUACUCAGACUUGGGCCCCAUAAAGUCCCUGAGAACUUUGAGGGCUCUCAGGCCUCUGAGAGCUUUGUCCCGGUUUGAGGGCAUGAGGGUUGUCGUGAAUGCUCUGGUAGGUGCCAUUCCCUCCAUUAUGAACGUGCUAUUGGUGUGUUUGAUCUUCUGGCUGAUCUUCAGCAUUAUGGGAGUCAACCUGUUCGCUGGGAAGUACUACUACUGCUUCAAUGAGACUUCAGGGGAGAACUUUCAAGUCGACGUCGUCGACAACAAGACACAAUGCUUUGCGUUAAUCAAUGCAAAUUACUCCGAAGUUCGUUGGAAAAACGUGAAGAUUAAUUUCGACAACGUGGGUGCAGGUUACCUGGCGCUUCUGCAAGUGGCUACAUUCAAAGGGUGGAUGGACAUCAUGUACGCUGCAGUGGAUUCUAGAAGGGUCGAGGACCAGCCUAUCUAUGAGGACAACAUCUAUAUGUAUAUAUAUUUUGUCAUCUUCAUUAUCUUUGGCUCCUUCUUCACUCUGAAUCUCUUCAUUGGUGUCAUCAUCGACAACUUUAAUCAACAGAAGAAAAAGUUUGGAGGUCAGGAUAUCUUCAUGACAGAAGAGCAGAAAAAGUACUACAAUGCUAUGAAGAAACUAGGCUCCAAGAAACCUCAGAAGCCCAUUCCCAGACCUAUGAACCCAGUCCAGGGGAUGGUAUUUGACUUUGUCACCCAGCAGGCCUUUGACAUUUCCAUUAUGAUUCUCAUCUGUCUGAACAUGGUAACUAUGAUGGUGGAAACAGACGAUCAGUCGACUGAGACAGAGAACAUCCUGUACUGGGUAAACUUCAUAUUCAUAGUGGCCUUUACCGGGGAGUUUGUCCUGAAACUCUUUGCGCUGCGACAUUACUAUUUCACCAAUGGUUGGAACAUCUUUGACUGCGUUGUCGUCAUUCUGUCUAUUGUGGGUAUGUUCCUGGCAGACCUGAUUGAGAAGUACUUUGUGUCUCCGACGUUGUUCAGAGUAAUCCGACUGGCUCGAAUUGGCCGAAUUCUGCGUCUUAUCAAAGGAGCCAAGGGCAUCCGGACAUUACUGUUUGCUUUGAUGAUGUCACUCCCCGCACUGUUCAACAUUGGCCUGUUGCUUUUCCUCGUCAUGUUCAUCUUCUCCAUCUUUGGCAUGUCUAACUUUGCUUACGUGAAGCGAGAAGUGGGAAUUGACGACUUGUAUAACUUUGAAACCUUUGGCAACAGCAUGAUCUGUCUAUUCAUGAUCACCACAUCAGCUGGAUGGGAUGGACUCUUAGCUCCAAUCUUGAACUAUCCCCCCGACUGCGACCCUAACAAGGAGAACCCGGGAACUACGGUUAAAGGUGACUGUGGAAAUCCUUCGGUGGGAAUCUUCUUCUUUGUAAUGUACAUCAUUGUUUCCUUCUUGAUCGUGGUGAACAUGUACAUCGCCAUCAUUUUGGAGAACUUUAGCGUCGCCACGGAGGAGAGCGCUGAUCCGCUGUGCGAAGAUGACUUUGAGUCCUUCUACGAGAUCUGGGAGAAGUUCGACCCGGACGCUUCUCAGUUCAUCACCUUUGCCAAGCUGCCAGAUUUUGCGGAUACGUUAGAACAUCCUCUCCGCGUGCCAAAGCCAAACAUCAUCGAGUUGAUUGCCAUGGACCUGCCCAUGGUGAGCGGCGACCGCAUUCACUGCUUGGACAUUCUGUUCGCCUUUACCAAGCGCGUGCUGGGUGACAGCGGCGAUCUUGAUAUGAUGCGGCAGCAAAUGGAGGAGCGCUUCGUGGCGGCCAACCCCUCCAAAGUGUCGUACGAGCCCAUCACCACCACGCUGCGGCGCAAGCAGGAGGAGGUGUCGGCCCUUGUCAUCCAGAGAGCGUACCGCUCGCACCUGGCGCACCGAGGCUUCAUCUGCAAACGGAGGUCUGCCAACAACAAACUCGAGAAUGGGGGAACCAAUCAGGAGAAGAAAGAAGGCACGCCCUCCACCGCAUCCCUGCCGUCGUACGACAGCGUCACCAAGCCAGAGAAGGAAAAGCAGGACGACAACAACGAAGGAAAAGGACGCAAAGAGAAAGGCAGAAACCAAAAAGACGUCAGGGAAUCCAAAUGUUAAAGACUGCUGCGGACUCGAACUCGAGGACGGUAUUAAUGAUCAUGACGAUAUAAUAACGAAAACUGUCAUUUCAAGCGAACGGAAACCCUGAAUCAAACUAUACAGAUGUACAGAUUAAUUUCAUUAAAGGGAAAAAACAAUGUUUAGGUUACUCGACAAAAAAUUGUUUACAAGCGUCACAGGUGUAUCGAUGCGGAAAAAAAAUGCGGUGGGGUUCCUCAAAGCUUGAAGACUCUUAAAAGUUAAACCAAACAUAAUCAGCUUCCUGUGUGACACUGUUGCAUCAAGACUUGAUUUAAACAAAAUCAAAUACGAAUUUAAAAAGACAGAUACUUGAUCAAGUGUAUUUUAGAGGGCUAUAUCGCGCUUCAGUAUGGAACUCCUCACCGAGCGAUAAUGCGAUCAUCCAAGGGAGACAAGCAAGGAUGGACGGGGUGGCGCUCCCUUACGGAUCCCAUGCUUACGAACAGCGUCGGCGAAUUUUCCAUGCAGAAAACGAACACAAUGCUAUCCAUGACAGAAUCAGCUUCCUAAAGCGGAUGAUGGUGAAGGAGUCUGCACCCUUUCAUUUCAUAAACAUGUGUAAGAACUCAAAAAGUGUUGUGAGAGUGAGCCGGAGUGUGAACAAAUCCAAGAGUCUGGCUAAUUCCAACGGCCUCUUUGCGUUUGUUAGCGUUGAAUAUCUUUUACAUGGUCUUUACAUUAUUUGAGCGGCAAAAAAAGGAGAAUCAGGAGACGAGAAAAAAAUGUCACAUUUUGCCCAUGCCACCCUCAGUAACUGUGUAAUGAUAACUUUGUUAUACCUGCAUCAAAAGGCUUUUUCUACAUGGGCUUUCACACCAAUAGGACCGGGGGCAAUAACCAGGGGCCCCCAAUACACAUCUCCAAACGAAUAAUAAAUUAUUGUGCUUGUUCAAUGCAUAGAAAUGACUUGCAUGAUGGCAUGUUUUGAUCAGAAAUUUUGCAUGAAUAAUCAUAGUCCACGAAACACUAAUACAGACCACCACAGUGGCUUGAUAAUGUUCUAGGCUGUCCACUGGCUAAAUUUACUACCAGAAAUUUGAUAUCGCAUCAUUUGAUACUGACCGAAUUGGCCUAAUUGAUCUUCUCCUCUACCUAUCCUUAUUAUCAAGUAGACUAUGAAAAAGACGGAAUUUGGGAUGGUGCAAAAUGCCUGUAACUAAUCAGUGGCUUACAUUGAAACAAAUACUAGCAUUGUGGCACAUUAUUGGAGAGAACGGAUAAAGAAGACAUCCCAUUUUUUUGCUGCUCAGGAGAUGAUGAAUGGGAAAAAUGAAAUGUUGGAACGUGUGUAUGUGUGUAUGGAGACGGAAGGAAAUGAUACGAAAAUUAACACUGUAAUUCCUAAAGCUUCUUAUUUUAUUUGUAUGCAGCAAUAUCGCUUACCUAACCUACAGCACUGCCCGCUCCGCGGGUUAUAUGGUAGGUGGUUCUAUAGGGAGGGGCAAGAGGGUGGUGUUGGGAUGGCUCUGGCAUUAUUAGGGGUGUAGCAAGUUGGUUGGCAUUUUUGAUCCUCAUCAGGGGUUAGAUGAGAAAGUGGCAGUUUUUAUUUUAGAAAAAAAAUAGAGUUAUAAUUUUGUAUUCAUUUCAUUUUUACACAAUAUUUGCUGUAAUGUGUCUUAUGCUUGUUACUUUUUUUACUGUUUAUAAAGCCAUCACAUCUUCAGCAAUGGUCUGAUUGUAGCCAGAGCGAGGACACAGGAGACAGGACUUGAGAUAGACAGCGAGCCAGGUGGGCAGUCACAGCUGUUAAAAGAGAAGCCAAAGAUGUUUGUUUUAAUUAUUUGGUGUGUGUGUGUGUGUGUGUGUGUGUGUCUGGUCGUUUCUGCAGUGUCUCAAGGGGGUGAGCUGAUCCCCUCCUCUUUAACCCUUUCAGACAGACUGAUGCUUGUUGAGUUUCCCCAUUAUUCUCAGGAUGCAACACAGAUGUAUCAUUGUGACUGUGAUGUCAUCAAUAAGGGCCUUCACGUCGGGUCCGGAGAAUGUUUGUAAAAUGGGGCGGUGCUAAGGCAGGAGCAGCUUCCACCUGUGCGGAGCUGAACACGGGAAUAAAAAUGAUAGGUAAGAGCAAUCCAGUUGGAAGCAACAACACCACUUUUGUAAGAAGCACAGGGCGUUUGAUUUAAACGUGCAGUUAUUUAACCCCUGGUCGGCAUUUGUUUUUCAUUAGUAGACCAGCGCGCUGAUGCCAAAUCACCAUUAGGCACUGGUCCCGCAGCGUACUUUACUGUGAGCAGGGCAACCCCUACAUCAAACUUCUUACAUUUUCAGUUUUUCAGUGAUGUCAGCGCUUUACCCUUAACCCUUCAUCCAGUUUGCUGCAUGCGAGGGCGUUGACUUGAACCAAAACGAAAGCUCGGCAAAGCUCAAACCAUUCUCAUUUAUGCAGCCAUGCAGGCUUGACUGUAUAAACGCAAAAAAACAAAACAAAUUAACAGAUUGUACAUUCAUUUAAAAACAAAAAUGACUUAAAAAAAUAUACUGUACAGUAUAGGCUAUGUUGUAAGCGACACAAAAUGCUGAAAUGUUAAGAAUGAACUUUUUAAGAGACUAUAAAUAAUGUAAUAUAUAAUUUUAUUUUAACGGCAUGCAUAGUUUUGUAAAUACAGAAAUACUUAUUAUAAUCGAAUACUGAAAAGUAAUUAUAAUAACCUUAAUAGAAUGGCUUCAGUCAUUGCCCUGGUCUCACUUGUAGACUGACAUAUUUGUUAGAGGGUGUAGAUUUUUUUGAGACACUUUUCACUUUAAAGAGGGGAAUCCAAUAUGUUAAAAGCAAAAAGUAUAUAUAUAUAUAUCUAUACAGAAAUCAAUGCAUAUAUAGAGCUAUACUACAUAUGUAUCUAUGUAUACAUAAAUAUGUGCAUAUGUGUAUGCGCACAUGUACAUAUAUGUAUGUAUAUAUGAUAUGUUGUCCGUGUUGACCUCUGCUUGGUGUGGAGGGGUAGCACUGCUGGCUGUCAUUUUUAUUUCUUUUGUGCAAUACGUUCGGUGAACGACCAAAACUCUGGCCUGGCCCACACAAUGUGUGCUUGCGUGUGUGUGUGUAGUUUGGGUUUGAGAAUGAGUGCUUGGUAAUGUGUGUGCGCGUCCAGGUCCAGCUCUUAAUGCACGGUGAUGUAAUGGCUGCUCGCUAUGGCUUACAUAGCCCGUUUUCGGGAGGGGAAUGCACUACCAGCAAUUCAUUUACCCCUCUGUGUGAAUAGGUCUUUUCAUCUGGACCCCUAUCCAUCCAACACAAACUUGCGUACAUAUGCACCAGAUGGCACAUGCACUUCCCCGUUUUCAUCUUUCGGCCUUAUCGGCAAACGCCAUGAUUUUUCGGAGCCUAAAAGAGCAAACGUGUGGGACGGGGUUGGGGGAACACGCGUGACUGUUUGUCACUUUAAACGUGCGUGAUGCGGCUUGACUUACAGUAAGCUUAGCUUGUUCUUCAUCUCUUAGAUACACAGCAAUGCAAUUUGCGAUCUUAGGUUUGGUUAGGCUUUCGAUUUUAUGCUUUUCUUGUCUUUGUAUGUUUGUUUAAGGUGCCUUUCGCUGACGGAUUUCGUUUGUUGACAAUGUAGAUGAUGUUGCAUAAAAUUCUCCUAAACAAGUGGAGCUUGUUUCAAAUGAGCACUGGGAGAAGAACUGAACUAAAGAAUGUCUGUGACAUCUAUUAAAAAGCAAAAAAGAAACAAAAAAUACAAAACGUACAAAAAAAAUGACAAAAAACUGAAAAGAAAAAAAAAACUUAACUGGCAUCAGCCUGACUUCAUCAUCUGAGAUUGUCCGAAAGCAUGGGGCGAAAAAAUGGAGUGCAGCGGUCACUCGAUGAAUCUCUCAAAGGUUGAGCGUUGUAGUAAGAGAAACAGUUUGACUUCUGUGCUCAGCUUCUGUUCAUUUUCAGCCACUUCUUUUAUUUUUCUAUAAAUACUGAUUUUUCUGUCUAUUCUUUUGUAGCAUGACUGAGAUGCUAUUUACUUCAUUUGCUGACAAUAUUACAAGUGGUUUUUGGUUCACAAUGUUGUUCUUUAUCUCCUGCCACUGUUGUUGGAGAGGAGAGGGUAUGUUGCACAACCACUUGACUUGGCGAGAAUCAGUGAAAGAUUGUCUUCAUUUGAGCACGAAACCUUUUUCCAAACAAUAAAGCAGCCUUCCAGUUA